AUGGCCUCUGCCUUCCGCGCUGUCUUCAAGCAAUCACGGCCUUCCGCUCUCGCACCUUCGGCCCGCUUCGCCUCCACCUCCUCAAAGACCGUCUCCCUCAAGGACAGGCUUGCCGAUCUCAUCCCUGCAGAGAUCGAAAAUGUGAAAGCCACGCGUGCCGCGCAUGGAAAGAAGUCUUUUGGUCCCGUCCUUGUAGAUCAGCUCUAUGGGGGCAUGCGAGGCUUGCCUGCGCUUAUAUGGGAUGGCUCCAUUCUUGACCCAGAGGAAGGCAUCCGCUUCCGUGGAAGGACCAUUCCCGAGUGCCAGGAGCUCCUCCCCCGAGCUCCUGGUAGUUCUGAACCUCUUCCGGAGGGACUCUUCUGGCUUCUCCUAACUGGCGAGGUCCCUACUCAAGAGCAGGUUACCGCACUUUCCAGGGACUGGGCAGCGCGGGCUACUAUUCCCGACUUCGUGGAAGAUAUCCUCGACAGAUGUCCGGACACUCUGCAUCCUAUGAGCCAAUUCAGUUUGGCCGUUACUGCCUUGAAUCGCGAUUCCGCCUUCGCCAAGGCCUACCAGCAAGGCAUUUCUAAAAAGGAGUACUGGCAGCCCACCUUCGAGGACGGUAUGGACCUCAUCGCCAAGCUCCCCAACAUCGCUGGCCGCAUCUACCGUAACGUUUACGGCAAGGGCAAGAUACCCACAAUUGAGCCCAACAGGGAUUACUCUUGGAAUCUAGCCCAUCUAUUAGGGUUCGACCAGGAUCCUGCUUUCGUCGACCUCUUGAGGCUUUACAUCACCAUUCACAGUGAUCAUGAAGGAGGUAACGUUUCCGCACACACCGGCAAGUUAGUGGGUUCGGCUCUUUCCGAUCCGUUCCUGGCUUUCAGUGCUUCCUUGAACGGUCUUGCUGGGCCUCUACAUGGCCUCGCCAACCAGGAGGUGCUCUUAUGGUUGCGCAAAAUGCAGUUCAAGAUUGGCGAGAACGCCAGCGAUGAAGCUGUCAAGGAAUACGUCUGGUCAACGUUGAAGGCUGGUCAGGUCGUCCCCGGAUACGGACAUGCCGUCCUCAGGAAGACCGAUCCACGCUAUACCGCUCAGCGCAAGUUUGCGCUCAAACACAUGCCUGAUGAUCCUCUCUUCCAAUUGGUUGGCCAGGUCUUUAAAAUCGUCCCCGACAUCUUACUCGCGGCCGGCAAAGCGAAGAACCCCUGGCCCAAUGUUGAUGCCCACUCCGGUGUGCUGCUGACGCACUACGGACUGAAGGAGAUGCAAUUCUACACCGUUCUCUUCGGUGUCUCCCGUGCCUUUGGUGUGACUGCCCAGUUGAUCUGGGAUCGUGCCCUCGGUGCUCCUCUGGAACGUCCGAAAUCGUACUCUACGGUGGCUAUCCAGCAGAUGUUCAAGGACAAGCCUACUAUUGUCAAGCAGAGCUCUUCCUGGGAUGGUCACGUUGGUAGCAAGGCUCAUCGCACUAAUGCAGCGCGUCUCAAGGAGCAACAACGCCUGCGAGAGAUUCAGGAAGAAUCGGAGAGGAAGCGCAGGGCAGCGGAGAAGGAUGAAGAAGAGACCGUGUCCAAGAGGCAGAAGGUCCAAGAGGAAGACAGUGAGGACGACGAGGCGCCUUCGCAUCCACGAGCUGGAUUCCCCGCAGAUUUCUUCUCUGACCCUUCGCGAGCUCCACUGCCACCGCCAUCCGACGACGAAUCCGAUGAGGUAGCUCUUACAGUUGACGCCCCAGUGGACGCCGUGGACCUGGAGUGGCGGCGAUUUCAAGAGGCAGUUCUCAAUGCCCCGGACGAGCGCGAGGCGUACGAGCGCGCGACCGUUGUUGCUGAACCCGUAUUGGCUGUCGAGUCCCCGAGCGGCUUCCCUCCUGCUCAGACCGAUGUUGGCCAUCAAGUCUCGCAACACGAGGAAGUGGUAGAUCAGGCCGAGUUGAGGAGAAGACGAGAGCAGGAGGAGAGAGAGUUGAUCAUGGACAGGCUGCUGGACGAGGAACGCGCGCAAGAGGAGGCGGACGAGAAGGUUACUGUUUUGAAGCUCAGGCUCAAUGCGUUGAAGAAGCAGCGGGAGGCAGCGCGCAAGCUCAAAAGCAAAUCUGCACCGUGA